GAAAGCCGGUUUAGUGCAAACUCUGAGUAGGUAUAUCCUGAGUUAACGAAAACUCUGGGUUUUCGGUUUCACAAAGCGAGUUUAGAUUAAUUCUGAGUGAGUUACUAUGACGACACACUCCGUGAAGCUAACCUGCCCCCUAGCAGGUUUACUUCAACUAACCCUGACUGUCUCCGCCUCUUUGUCGGAAAUCUGACUGUAGGAAGUGUCAGACAUGGCGUGCCCCUUCCUUGAAGAGCCAGUAGAUGUUGAAGCCCAAAUUCUCCGCAGAGCUCUCCGCCGGGAGAGAGUGAUUAGAGCGCGUUUGGACAUUUUAUCAGGUUCAAAAAUAUUGAGGGGGAAUCUAAAAAUAAGCACAGAUCCAGCCGGGUGGAUAAAAAUGACAAAAACAACACUUCGUUCCCAACAUUUUCUGUGUGAACGUUACCGUUUUUCAGCACAAUCUAUAAUUUAUUUGAAUAACAUCCUCGGGCCUUAUAUUGCUCAUGUGACACAUCACGGACAUUCUCUCAGUUCUGUACAUAUUAUUUGUAUUGCACUUCGUUUUUUUGCAAACGGGAGCUUUCUGUAUAAUAUUGGUGAUGCUGAGCACGUUUCCAAGGCUACCGUCUGUCGGGCAGUCAGGAAUGUUACAGUUGCACUGAAACGUCUCCUGUACUCGUUUGUGGUGUUCCCCGGUCAUAGACCCACAAGAUUUAUUUCAGAGGGAUUCCACAAAAUUGCAGGGUUCCCAGGCGUGAUUGGCUGUAUAGAUGGCACUCACAUUCCAAUCAUUGCUCCUUCAGUAAAUGAAGGAGACUAUGUGAACAGGAAGUCUUUCCACAGCAUUAAUGUACAGAUCAUAUGUGAUGCUGCCAACAUUAUCACAAAUGUGGAAGCCAAGUGGCCAGGCUCUGUUCAUGACUCACGAAUUUUUCGUGAAUGUACACUGAGCACAAAAUUUGGACAUGGAGAGUUCACUGGCUACUUGCUUGGUGAUAGGGGGUAUCCAUGUUUACCCUAUUUGCUUACCCCUUACCCUGAGCCUGAACCGGGCCCACAGCAGCGAUAUAAUCUGGCUCAUUGCAGGACAAGAGCCAGAGUUGAAAUGACUAUCGGAAUGCUUAAGGCCCGGUUCCAGUGCCUUCAAAGACUCAGGGUCACCCCAGAAAGGGCAUGUGACAUUAUUGUGGCAUGUGUGAUUCUUCACAACAUUGCCACAAUUAGAGGAGAACACUGUCCUUCUGAACCAAACAUCAGCAGUGAUCCAAACCAUGAACAUCCUGACCCUCCUAUGGACAUACAAGAUGGAAGAGCAGUCAGAGACACCAUAUGUCACAAUCAUUUCCUUUGACCCAUCACCUCAACAUGUUGAAAGAAGAAUAAACAGAUUUUUUGUUCAACUGGC